AGAAACUGCAAAAAUUGCACCAAACAGACGGUCACCGUCAGAUUCUUGCAAAACCAACAAACCUCGGAUCAAAUUUGCAAUAAAAUCCGGAUAGAUUUCUAUCUGUAUCUGGGGAGACGAAGAUUGUACGGAUAUACGUAUUUUUAUACGGUCGGGAUACGCACAGCGGCUUUGAGAGCAAUGAGGUGUAUAUAAAUGGCGGUGCCAUUAUGUUGCAACUGAGACUCUAUGCUUAGAGCCUUGCGGUGUAUCUAUAGUGUAUGUAUAUGUGUCCUUUGUUCGAUAAAUUCUCUCGCUUAUUGAAACCCUAGAAAAAAGCGAUCGGAGGCUUUAGGGCGGGACCGGAGGGGAUUGGCGUUGCUAAUUGUUGAAUUUGUUGGACAAUGCGGGACAAGGAACCGCCGCCGGAGGAGUUUCGGUGCAAGCGGACGGACGGUCGUCAAUGGCGGUGCAAGCGUCGCGCGAUGGAGGGGAAGACGCUCUGCGAGAUUCAUCAUCUUCAAGGCAAGCGGCGGCAGCAGAAGCGGAGAGUUCCGAAUUCGCUGAAGCUUGUUAGGAGUGCGAGUAAUGGCGAUGGUGGAAGUGGAAAUGGAGCAAGUCUUAGGGUUUCGAAAUUGGGGGAAAAGCGGCCACGGCGGCGCCGGCGCCGGGGAGGUGUGUCGGAGGCGUUGGAUGAUGCGUUGAAGAAGAUGAAGUUGAAGAGAGGCGACUUGCAGUUGGAAUUGAUCAGAGUUUUCCUCCAGAGACAGGUGGAGAAGCAGAAGGAGAAGGAGAUGAAGGAAAACACAGCCGGCGAUGAAACGAGGAAACUGCCUUAUGGAGUUAUGGCAAUUGCGCAAUCUCCUUCCAGUUUGCAGAAAGUUAGUGAAAUCCACGACUUCGAUGCCAAACUAGGCGUGGAUUCUACUAACAAUUCGAUUCUGCAGAGGCAUUUCCGAUCCAAAAACAUUGAACCUCUGCCAGUUUGUACAAUGCAGGUUGUUCCAUUUGCUGAGAAUGUGAGGAAAAAGAAAGUAAGAAAAUGCCAUUGGUGUAGGGAAAGUAAGUGUGGUUGCUUGGUUCAGUGUUCGUCUUGCAGGAAACGAUCCUUCUGUGUAAAAUGUAUUAAAGACAGGUAUUUGGAGAAGCAGGAGGUGAAGUUGAAAUGUCCUGCUUGUUGUGGAAUCUGUAGCUGUAAACUGUGCAUAAAACUUCAUUUCAGAGCUAGUGAUCGUAAGGAAUAUUAUAGAGUUGAAAGGAAUCUUGAUAGGAUACAAUUGCUACACUAUCUAAUUCACAAGCUUCUUCCUGUGCUAAAGAAAAUAAAUCAGGAUCAAGACGUACAGCUCAAAACAGAAUCUAAGGUAACAGGUAAAAAACAAUCUGAACUCCAAAUUCCACAGACGAAAUUGGGAUGCCAUACAUCACGAUGCUGCGAUAAAUGCAAAGCUUCAAUUUUUGAUUAUCAUAGAACCUGCACAAACUGUUCGUAUAAUCUCUGCUUACAUUGUUGUUGGGAGCAUUCUCAACAUAGUUCUUAUCAACAUAGUUCUUACGGUCGGCUUAAGCUCAGAAGCUGCAAGAAAAGGAAAAUCUACCUGACUGGUGAUCCACUACUGCUCAAGAAGAAUCCCUUAAAGCAAGAUUCUGGUGGUCUACCUUGUUCGGCUGUUAUCUCUAUGCAAUACUGGGGAAAUAGCGACGACGGAAGUAUACCGUGCCCUCCGAAGGAAAUAGGGGGUUGUGGUGACGGCAUUCUUGACUUAAGAUGUGUAUUUCCCUUUAACUGGGCAAGAGAUCUGGAGAUUAAAGCUGAAGAAAUUCUAUGCGGCUACGACUUUCGAGAGUCUGCCGAUGUUUCUCCAUGCUGCUUACUCUGCGACAGCAUUUGGACUAACAGUAGCGAAGUUAAGCUGCCGGGAGAGCUUCCUAGGAGAAUAGGUUUUAAUAACUGCUAUCUGUAUUGUCCUUCUGUAAAGGAACUUCAUCGAGAAGAUCUUGUACAUUUCCAGAAGCAUUGGGGGAAGGGCCAUCCUGUUAUUGUUCGAAAUGUGCUUCAGAGCCCAAAUUGUUUAUGCUGGGAUCCGGUUAUUAUGUUUUCUUCGUAUAUGGAAAAUAAGUGCUCUAAAUCUUGCAACGAAGAUGACAUGAGAGCUACGAACACUUUGGAUUGGUGUGAGGUGGAAAUUGAUCGGAAACGAAUAUUCAUGGGAUCACUAGAGAAGAGAACACAUGCUAAUGUACAGCAAAAAUUUGUGAAAUUCAGAGCUUGGCUUUCUUCCUGUUUAUUUCAAAAGCAAUUUCCUCUCCAUUAUGAUGAGAUCUUAAGUGCAUUACCGCUCCCCGAAUACAUAAAUCCGGUAUCUGGCCUUCUGAAUGUUGGCAAUAAGUUUCCAAAGGAAAUUCCAAAACCAGACUUAGGUCCUUGUAUUUAUUUCUCAUAUGGAGGUCCGGAAGAACUUAUGCAGGCCAAUUAUAUGUCAAAACUAUGUUAUGAGUCAAAUGAUAAGGUUAAUAUUCUUGCUUGUGCUACAGAUGCUCCAAUUUCACCAGCACAGUUAAAAAACAUUGAGAACUUAAUGAAAAGGUACAGGGCACAAGACCGCCAUAACGGGCAGUCCUUGAGCAAUUCCAGUGAUCAGAAAGGAAAAUCAUCUCUGCACAGCGAGGACACUGGAGAAUCGAGCUUGCAACACGUUGGUGAAAAGAUAUGCUUUCCCAAUGGAAUUGAAAAUGGGCUUUUUUAUUCCCAGGAUCUACUUCGAGGGCAACCCUUGAAUGUCGAAAAUGAAAAUUUGUCUGAUGAUAGUGAAUCUGAUCCUGAGGAAUCUAUUCUUCUACAUGCCAGCAUUGAUGAAUCCGAGGACUCCGACUCUCCAGGGGAAGAAAUAGAAAGCUCAUGUUCCAGUGAACGUAAGCAGGAGAUUAGUUCUUGUGGCGCUCAUUGGGAUAUAUUUCCAAGAGAAGACGUACCAAAACUUCUGGAAUAUUUCAGGCGACACUCUAAUGAGUUUGGCUCAGCUUGCAGCUACACAAAACAUGAUCAUCCUAUUCUCGAUCAAACCUUUUUCCUUGAUGCGUAUCACAAGUUGAAACUUAAAGAGGAGUUUGAUAUCCAACCGUGGACUUUUGAGCAGUAUACUGGAGAAGCUAUCUUCAUUCCUGCAGGAUGCCCUUAUCAAAUCCGAAAAAUUAAGUCAUGCGUCAACGUUGUUUUGGACUUCAUUUCACCUGAAAAUGCAACACGGUGCAUUCAAUUGAAUGAUCAAAUUCGUCUUCUCCCUACGCGACACAAAGUCAAAAGCAAAGUAUUGGAGGUGGAGAAGAUGGCGCUCGAGGGAAUUAGUUCAGCUAUUGAAGACAUAUGCAGCAUCAUGCCUCACGAUCAAGAUUGUUGAUCACUAAACAAAAUCUUUUGCCAUACAAACACGAGCUCAUUUUUGUGUCUAAUUUAUGACAUCGUUGCAACCUUUGCGGCACCCUCCACACGCCAUAGUUUGCGGAAAAUUACCAGGGAUUUCUGAAUUGUUGUUGGCAUCUUUCAUGUCGCCUAUUGCAGUCCACAAAAAGCGCAAGAAUUCAUUAGAAGAGGCUACAACCUUUCGAUUUUGACCUUGUCCUAUCAGUACAUGAGGAUCCCAAACAUUCAAGACAUAUACAAGGUAACAUACAACCCACAUUCUAAUCCGCAAGCGUGCAUCUGUAGGUAUUCAAACAUUUUGCAUUAAUUGUAGAUCCUCAUUGGCGCUUGGCGUUUUUGCCUACUGUACACUAAACAGUAAAUAGAUGAGGCAAUUGAUUCUUUACCCAUUCUCAUGAAUCCGCGGUGUUCGACCACAUUUUCUGUGUUCAUAGUGCAAAGCAGCUGGAAAUGUACAGUAGCAAAAGCGAAGACAGAUAUUCAUGUAUGAGGCGAGAUUGAACUCCGGGGCUCCAAUUUCCUAUUGUAUAAACAAGCAUUGACUUACAGGUUCUUGACGAGGUCAGUGAGACUUGCAAAAAUUAUAUCAUCUUCUUUGCAUUCUUAUUUAUUCAGCUUAUCUUUCAUAGGAUUUGUUUCUUUAGCAACAUAGGAUUUAGUUGUUUCGUCUUGGCAACGUUUAAUGUCACCAGAAUGUGCGUUAGAGAUGAGA